AUGGCCGAGAUUCGAGCAGAAACCACCGGGUAUACACCUCGCGAGGUGGCUAUCCCUCUCUUGCCCACAGCCCAGGUACUCACCGACCUUCACUGGGAGACCCUUCUGGCUUUGGCCGACGCCGUCAUCCCAUCGAUCCGUGUCGCCGCUGGAAAGGAUCAUGCUUCAUCAACCACCCACUACGCCGUGGCCGAAGCUGAGCUUGCCUCUGCAAUAACCACCGUCUCAGCCACAAUCCCGGUCUCUCAACCAUCGACAGAUGUGGCCCGGGCCUACCUGGACGAGAGUCCCUCGUCGCUCCCCCAGUUCCGUGAGGGCCUCCAACGUCUGCUGGCCGACUACGUUCACAAAGAAGGCCAGGAUGGCAUUCGUUUCAUUCUUGAUGUGCUGAAUACCCGUGCUGGUGCUCUUCUCCUCACCGGCUCCACGACACCGGUGCAGAAUCAGCCCGUGGCCGUGCGUGAACAGAUCUUUGCUGGAUGGGCCUCCUCGCGCUUACCCCCCAUCCGCCUGAUCUACCGAUCGUUAUCCGCCAUGUUCAAGACUACUUGGAUGAUUGCUAGCCCCACCCUCCCAGCUGCGGUGGGAUUCCCUCGGGUCCCCAUGCAGGUCAAGUACGCGCCGGGGUGCUGGGAGUACGAGUUCCUGCAGUUUCCUCCGCCAGCAUCAUCCUCGAACGACGAUUCUGAGCCGCCCGAAACCAUUGAAACCGACAUUGUGAUUAUUGGUAGCGGAUGCGGAGGCGCUGUGGCGGCCAAAAAUCUGGCUGAAGCCGGCCACCGCGUGCUGGUGGUGGAGAAAUCCUACCACUACGCCUCGCACUACUUCCCCAUGGACAACCGCACCGCUCCAGUCAGCCUCUUCGAAGGAGGCGCCUCGAUCCUCACUGACGACGCCUCCGUGGCCAUCUUUGCCGGCUCCACCUGGGGGGGCGGCGGCACCGUGAACUGGUCGGCGGCGCUGCAGACGCAGGCCUUUGUGCGUCACGAAUGGGCGCACGAGCACGGAUUGCCCUUCUUUACCUCCGCCGCCUUUCAGACCUCACUGGAUCGCGUCUGCGAUCGCAUGGGGGUCAGUGCCGCCCACAUCCGCCACAAUCGCCAGAAUCGCGAUCUCCUCGCGGGGGCGCGCAAGCUCGGGUAUGCGGCGGAUGUCGUGCCGCAGAACACCGGGGGCGAAGAAGAGCAUUACUGCGGAUAUUGCACCCUGGGCUGCUCGUCGGCGGGGAAGAAGGGUCCCACAGAGACCUGGCUGGCAGAUGCGGCCAAGGCUGGGGCAGUAUUUGUGGAAGGAUUCAAGGCCGAUAGAAUCACCUUUACGGGGAGUGGGAGAGAGAAGAUGGCCACCGGGGUCGAAGGCACCUGGACCUCGCGGGAGGCAUAUCUGUCUCGGAGUCCCACCCCCCGGAAGGUCGUGAUCCAGGCCAAGAAGGUGAUUGUCUCGUGUGGGACGCUGAAUAGCCCGCUUCUUCUGCUGCGGAGUGGGUUGCAGAAUUGGCAUCUCGGUCGCAAUCUCCACAUCCACCCAGUGCUCUUCGGCGCGGCCGUCUUCGACGAGGAGAUUCGCCCCUGGGAGGGCUCCGCGCUCACUGCCGUUGUGAAAGAAUUCGAGAACCUGGAUGGUCGCGGCCACGGGGCAAAGAUCGAGACGACGGUCACGCUGCCGCCGCUCUUUCUGCCCAUUUUCCCCUGGCGCGGAGGUCUGGAGUAUAAGAAGUUCUGCGCCAAGUUGGGCGCCAUGACCAGCUAUAUCGCCGUGACGCGAGAUCGCGAGUCGGGGCGUGUGUAUCCAGACCCCGUGGACGGUCGCAUUCGCGUGCAGUACACCCCGUCCCCCUUCGACCGCAAGAGUGCGGCAGAGGCCUUGAUCGCCAGUGCGAAGAUGGCCUAUCUCGCCGGGGCGAAGGAGUUCCAUGUCUCGUAUGCAGAUAUGCCUCCCUUCUCUCGAUCUGAGGACGAAGGCAAGACGGACGAGGAGACGGAGGAGGAAGAGGGAAUCAACAAUCCAGCUCUUCAAGACUGGAUCAAGCAGUUCCGACAGAAAUUCCCCCUCGAUGUUGAGAAGGCGGGCUAUGCCAGCGCACAUCAGAUGGGCACUUGUCGCAUGGCGAGUGCUGCAGGACAGGGGGUGGUCGAUCCGGAAUGUCAAGUCUGGGGCACCCAAGGGCUCUACGUGAUGGAUGCCUCGAUCUUCCCCAGUGCCAGCGGCGUAAAUCCGAUGAUCACCAAUAUGGCCAUCGCCGACUGGGCCAGUCGCAACCUGUCGAAGAAGAUGCGGAAGGAGGAGAGGUAA